AUGAUGACGGCCGCUUCGUACUUUCCGGAAUACAUUCGUGCCCGAAUCUCGGCUGGAAUCAUGUUCACAAUGAUGCGUCAACGGCCAAAUGUCGAUAACAUGAGCCAUCAGGGUGAGACACCGGAGCUUAAAGGCGAUGUAGCACUGCGAAACGUCUACUUUGCUUAUCCAACUCGACAACGCGCUCUCGUUCUACAAGGAAUGAACGUCACCGCAAGACGCGGACAGACAGUGGCGCUUGUAGGCGCCAGUGGAUGCGGAAAAAGCACUGUGAUUCAGCUCAUUGAGCGCUACUACGAUGCACUUUGUGGUAAGGUGACCAUAGACGGAUAUGAUGUUCGUGACCUAUCAAUUCGCUACAUAAGAGACCAUAUCGCACUGGUUGGACAGGAACCGACGCUAUUCAAUAUGACUAUACGUGAGAACAUUAUGUACGGAAUGGGCAAAUGUUCACAGGAAGAGAUUGAACACGCCGCUCGUAUGGCCAAUAUUCACGACUUCGUCACCAACCUUCCAGAGGGCUAUAAUACGAUGGUAGGCGCGAAAGGUGGACUACUGUCGGGUGGCCAAAAGCAGCGUAUUUCGAUCGCCCGAGCUAUCGUAAGAGAUCCGAAAAUCCUCUUGCUGGAUGAGGCAACCAGUGCACUGGACGCAGAAAGUGAAAAGAAUGCGAAUCAUAUCUUUGUAUGCUGCGAAGGACGAGUAGCUGAGAGUGGCACACAUCAAUCCUUACUUGCUCGUAAAGGCAUCUACUACAAACUCGUCGGAAGACAGAACUGCUAA